AUGUCCGGCAUUUUCCGAUGUCCAAACAACCUCCGUAACUUAACUCGCCGGAUUGCCUUCCUCUCCCUUUAUUCUCAUCACGCCAAGUUUCAUUCUUCCCCUCGCAAAACCCUAUUCUUGGUCUCCAAUCCCCAACAAACUCAGUCAGCCUCGUCGGGAUUAGUUCAUUUCUUGCAGGAACGCCCCAAAUGGAACGGGAGCUUCGAUAAUUACGAUCAGAUUAAAGCGGAAUUGAAUUGCCCUCGCUGCUCUCACCUCAUGACUGUUCUUUUCACCAAUCGUCCGUUGUCGAUUACCGCGAGUGAAGCUGGGAUUUAUCAAGCUCUGAAUUUGUGUCCUAAUUGUCGUACGGCGUAUUAUUUCCGCCCCUUUAAGUUGGAGCCGCUGGAAGGGACCUUUAUCGAGAUUGGGAGGGUUAAGGAGAGGAAAGAUGUGGAGGGAAACAUCGGAAAUGGGAAAAAGAUUUGGGAGAAGUUGAGGACUUACAGUGGGGAUACUAACAGUAACGGUAUUGUUGAGAAUGGUGUUCGGAUUAGUGGCGGUAGUGUGGGUGAAACCUUGGAAGGUAAAGAUUCGGAGCCUCAAACAGAUGAAGUGGAGAGUAAAGGAAGUGAGUGGGGAGGUGCUAAUCUUGGCAGUAAUUUGCCUACUCCAAAGGAGAUAUCUAGAAGGCUUGAUGAGUUUGUUGUUGGGCAGGAAAGAGCCAAAAAGGUGUUGUCCGUUGCUGUUUACAAUCAUUACAAAAGAAUCUAUCAUACUUCGAUGCCUAAAGAUUCAGUUGCAGAAUCAUGUAAAACUGAGUGUACUUUUGGAGAUAGAGAUGCUGAUAAUGUGGAGUUAGAGAAGAGCAAUGUCUUAAUGAUUGGCCCUACAGGCUCAGGAAAGACAUUACUUGCAAAGACACUCGCUCGUAUUGUGAAUGUACCUUUUGUUAUUGCCGAUGCAACAACUCUGACACAGGCAGGAUAUGUUGGAGAAGAUGUGGAAUCCAUAUUGCAUAAAUUACUCACGGUAGCUGACUUCAAUGUCGAAGCAGCUCAGCAAGGCAUAGUGUACAUUGAUGAAAUUGAUAAAAUAACGAAAAAGGCUGAAAAUUUGAACAUUGGCAGAGAUGUGUCUGGGGAGGGUGUCCAACAGGCACUGCUAAAAAUGCUGGAGGGAACUAUUGUGAACGUUCCUGAUAAUGGAGUACGGAGCCAUAGGCGAGGUGAUGGCUUUCAGAUAGAUACAAAAGAUAUCCUUUUUAUUUGCAGUGGAGCCUUUGUUGGUUUGGAGAAGACUAUCUCAGAAAGACGAGAAGAUUCUUCUAUUGGUUUUGGGGCUCCUGUCCGCACUAACAUGAGGCAGUGUGGUGUAACCGAUACCUCAGUUGCAUCUUCACUCCUGGAAAAGGUUGAGAGUGGAGAUCUUACCGCAUAUGGUCUCAUACCUGAAUUUGUUGGACGGUUUCCUGUUUUAGUGAGUUUAUCUGCUCUUGAUGAAGACCAGCUUGUUCAGGUUCUCACAGAGCCAAGAAAUGCUCUUUGUAAGCAGUAUAAGAGGAUGUUUUCCAUGAACAAUGUCAAGUUACACUUUGAAGAUAGUGCUCUUAAAAUGAUUGCAAAGAAAGCAAUAGCAAAAAAAACUGGUGCACGAGGUUUGCGAGCCAUAUUGGAGAAUAUUUUGACAGAGGCAAUGUUUGAGGUUCCUGAUGCCAAAUCCGGGGAACAUCUGGUAGACAUAGUUUUGGUUGAUGAUGAAGCAGUUGGGUCAAUGGACAGACCUGGACUUGGAGCCAAAAUUGUGCAGAGAAAUGGUGGAUUGGAGCAUGGACUUUGUCGAACAAACUCCGAAGAUAGACAGGAAAAACAAAGGAUAGCCGAGGGAGAAUUGGAGGACGAGAUGGAGGUUCCGGUGGCCGGCCGUCAGCAGGCCGGCCACUCUUUGAAGGUUGGCCGGUUUACUCACCGGCCAACUGCGAAGAAGUGGUGUGCCAACCGCGAAGAAGUUGGCCGAAGCAACAUGACUAGUGCAAUUGAUGAGACUGAUCGCACUGUGGAUUUCCCUGUGGAUUUCUCCUUCUCCCGAUUGCAGAUUCGUGAUCCUGAUACUGAUCGCACUGCUUUGACCUUCAAGGCGGCUAGUUCAAUUGAUGAGACAUCUUUCGAGAAUGAAUCGGGUAAUCAAGGCCUAAUGGCGGUUCCUUAUGCUGGUCUACCUGUGGAUUUCUACCGAUUGCAGAUUCGUGGUCCUGAUACUGAUACUGAUCGAACUGCUUUGGCCUUCAAGACUAUGUAUGCAUUGGGUGACAGGUUAUGCCUUCUGAAGUUCAUAAAGGAUCUGGCUUGGAAGAACUAUAAGAGGUUGGAAAGGUACGUGUGUACCAGGCUAAGGAGGUUAUAUCCGUUGGUGGCUGCAUGCAUUUACGUAACUUGCAGGCAACAGAGAAUUCCCGGUAUCACCCUCAAAGACGUAUGUAAAUUUGCCAAAGGAGCCACAGAGACGGAAAUUGUAAAAGCAAAAAACUUCAUCUUGAAGCAGCUAAAUAUUAAGCUGAGAUGUUGA